GCACACUGGAUGACGUGUCGUACCUACCGCUAUAUAAAUACACAAUCUGCCGGUUCCCAUUUUUGAUUUUUGAUUUUUGACUUCAACAGCCUCCGCUCUUCUUCGAGCGGGAACACGACAUUUUUACCUCUUGCGUCUCUCUCGCCCUAUCUCCUUUCGCUGCAUAUAUCUCUGCUCCUAGGGUUUUGAAUAUCCUCUUCCUUUUGCAAUUCGCGGUGACCAACGCCAUGAAUCUGCUCCACGGCUCCAAGGUUUGGGUGGAGGACCGGGAUUCUGCCUGGCUGCCAGCUGAAGUACUCGAUUUCGACGGUAACAAGAUUCUGCUACUAACUGAUUCCGGCAAGAAGGUGUUUGCUUCCAAGGAGAAACUGUUCCCGAGGGAUGCUGACGAAGAGGAGCAUGGUGGAUUCGAAGACAUGACGCGGUUGGCGUACCUGAACGAGCCUGGAGUUAUGUUCAAUCUUCGAAGAAGAUACGCGCUCAAUGAUAUCUAUACAUAUACAGGCAGCAUUUUAAUAGCCGUUAAUCCGUUCACAAAGCUUCCACAUUUAUAUGAUUCCCAUAUGAUGGAGCAAUAUAAGGGAGCUCCAUUGGGUGAGCUUAGCCCACAUGUUUUUGCUGUCGCUGAUGCAUCAUACAGAGCAAUGAUGAAUGAAGGUAAAAGUCAAUCUAUCUUGGUUAGCGGCGAAAGUGGUGCUGGAAAAACUGAGACAACAAAAUUGAUCAUGCAGUAUCUUACCUUUGUUGGUGGACGUGCUGCUGGUGAUGAUAGAACAGUUGAACAACAAGUUCUUGAAUCCAAUCCACUUUUAGAGGCGUUUGGUAAUGCAAGAACUGUUAGGAAUGACAAUUCGAGUCGUUUUGGGAAGUUUGUUGAAAUUCAGUUUGAUUCAAAUGGUAGAAUAUCUGGUGCUGCAAUUAGAACUUACUUACUGGAAAGAUCACGAGUAGUGCAGAUAACGGAUCCAGAGAGAAAUUAUCACUGCUUUUAUCAGUUGUGUUCAUUUGAAAGGGAUGCAGAGAAGUAUAAGUUAGGACAUCCGAGUCACUUCCACUAUCUAAAUCAAAGUAAAAUCUAUGAAUUAGAUGGUGUAAGCAACUCAGAAGAAUAUCUCAAGACAAGGAGGGCAAUGGAUAUUGUUGGCAUUAGUCACCAGGAUCAGGAAGCCAUAUUUCGUGUCUUAGCAGCAAUUUUACAUUUGGGAAACAUUGAAUUUUCUCCUGGAAAAGAGCAUGAUUCAUCGGCAGUAAAGAAUGACAAAUCAAGAUUUCAUAUGCAGAUGGCUUCUGAUCUUUUCAUGUGUGAUGUAGACCUACUGUUGGCAACAUUGUGUACUCGUUCAAUACAAACUCGUGAAGGAAGUAUUGUCAAGGCCCUUGAUUGCAAUGCUGCUCUUGCUGGCCGUGAUGCUUUGGCGAAAACUGUUUACGCUCGUUUAUUUGAUUGGCUUGUUGAUAAGAUCAAUAUGUCUGUUGGGCAAGACAUCAAUUCCAAGAUACAGAUUGGAGUUUUGGAUAUUUAUGGUUUUGAGUGCUUUAAGGAUAAUAGUUUUGAGCAAUUUUGCAUCAAUUUUGCAAACGAAAAGCUUCAGCAACAUUUUAAUGAGCAUGUGUUCAAGAUGGAACAGGAUGAGUAUGGCAAAGAAGAAAUUAACUGGAGUUACAUUGAAUUUGUAGAUAACAAAGAUGUUUUAGAUUUAAUUGAAAAGAAACCCAUUGGUAUCAUUGCUCUGUUGGAUGAAGCUUGUAUGUUUCCAAAGUCGACUCAUGAAACAUUCUCAACCAAGUUGUUUCAGCAUUUCCGAUCUCACCCUAGGUUGGGAAAGGAAAAGUUUUCACAAACAGAUUUUACUAUUUCUCAUUAUGCUGGAAAGGUCACGUAUCAUACAGAUACAUUUUUAGACAAAAAUCGUGAUUAUGUUGUAGUAGAACAUUGCAAUCUCUUAUCUUCUUCAAAAUGCCCUUUCGUUUCUGGUCUAUUUCCUUUGCUAUCUGAAGAAUCUUCAAGAUCAUCAUACAAGUUUUCUUCAGUAGCUGCUAGAUUUAAGCAACAACUUCAAGCACUCAUGGAGACCCUAAACUCAACAGAGCCUCACUACAUACGAUGUGUGAAACCAAAUUCUUUGAAUCGACCACAACAAUUUGAAAAUGCAAGUGUCAUACACCAGUUACGCUGUGGGGGUGUCCUUGAGGCUGUUCGGAUAAGUCUGGCAGGUUAUCCCACUCGAAGAACUUACUCAGAGUUUGUGGAUCGUUUUGGGUUGAUAGCUUCUGAAUUUAUGGAUGGAAGUUAUGAUGAUAAAGCUGCAACUGAGAAAAUUUUGCAAAAGCUUAAGCUUGAGAAUUUUCAGUUGGGUAGGACCAAAGUAUUCCUCAGAGCUGGGCAAAUUGGUAUUUUAGACCAGAGACGUGCUGAAGUUUUAGACAAUGCUGCAAAGUGUAUCCAGCGCCGCAUGAGGACAUUUAUUGCACAUCAGGAUUUUAUAAUUUUAAGAUCUGCUGCGAUUUCUCUUCAGGCAGGCUGCAGGGGUCACAUUGCCCGAAAGAUAUAUGCUGCUAAAAGGGAGACAGCAGCGGCUAUCUCCAUUCAGAAAUAUAUUCGAAUGUGGCUUACAAGGCAUGCUCACUUAAAACUGUAUUUUUCUGCUAUUAUCAUGCAAUCUCAUGUUCGAGGUUUUGUGACUCGCCAAAGAUUCUUACAUGCAAAAGAACAUAGCGCUGCUACUUUUGUUCAGGCCUAUUGGAGGAUGUCCAAGGUUAGGUCAUCUUUCCUACGCUAUCAAACUUCAAUUGUGGCAAUACAAUGCCUUUGGCGGUGCAGACAAGCAAAAAGAGAGUUACGGAGACUUAAACAAGAGGCAAAUGAAGCUGGUGCUCUUCGAUUAGCCAAGAAUAAACUGGAGAAGCAAAUGGAAGAUCUCUCAUGGCGUUUACAUCUUGAAAAGAAAAUAAGGGUUUCCAAUGAAGAGGCUAAAAAAAUAGAGAUUUCCAAACUUCAAAAGAUGUUAGAAGCUUUGAAUCUUGAAUUGGAUGCUGCUAAAUUGGCAAAAAUUAACGAGUGCAACAAGAAUGCUGUUCUGCAAAAUCAAUUAGAAUUAUCAGUAAAGGAAAAGUCCGCUUUGAAACGGGAGCUAGUAGCAGUGGAUGAAUUGCGAAAGGAAAAUGCUUUAUUAAAGGUUUCAUUGGAUGCAUUUGAAAGGAAGUACAAGACCUUAGAGCUUGAGCUUAUGAAUGCUCAAAAAAGCCGGGAUGAAACCAUGGAGAAACUGAGGGAGUUUGAACAGAAGUGUUCUCAACUCGAGCAAAAUGAAGAAAGGCUUGAGGAAAAGUUAAAGAGUUUAGAGAAUGAAAAUCAUGUGCUUCGUCAGAAAGCAUUAAGUACCCCUUUUAAGAGUAACCGUCCAGGUUUUGCGAAGUCAGUGUCAGAAAAAUACUCUACUGCAAUUACCUCUCACACUGAUCGAAAGACCAUAUUUGAGUCACCCACGCCCACAAAACUUAUUGCCCCUUUUACAGUAGGCUUGUCAGACUCUCGUCGAUCUAAGUUAACAGCAGAGAAGCACCAGGAUAACUAUGAAUUCCUCUCCAAGUGUAUAAAAGAAAAUUUGGGAUUUAAAAAUGGUAAACCUAUUGCUGCUCGUAUUAUAUAUAAAUGUCUGCUUCAUUGGCAUUCAUUUGAAAAUGAGCGCACAGCGAUUUUUGAUUCCAUCAUCGAAGGCAUAAAUGAGGUUCUAAAGGUUAGGGAGGAUGACAUUAUCCUGCCAUAUUGGCUGUCCAAUACCUCUGCGCUUCUAUGCCUUUUACAGAGGAACUUACGGUCAAAUGGUUUUUUAACUGCCACUGCUCAGCGUUAUCCUGGAUCUUCUGGUUUAACCAGCCGGACAGGACAUGGACCAAAAUCUCCGUUGCAAUUUAUAGGGUAUGAUGAUGGUGUAUCACAUGUGGAGGCAAGAUAUCCUGCUAUACUUUUUAAACAACAGCUAACUGCUUGUGUAGAGAAGAUUUUUGGUCUGUUGCGUGACAAUUUGAAAAAAGAACUUUCUCCACUUCUGGGAUCAUGUAUUCAGUCACCCAAAACAGGACGAGGAGUGCAAGGGGCAAAAUCGUCUAGAUCUCCAGGUGGGAUUCCCCAACCAUCAUCUGGUGGUCAGUGGGAUAACAUUGUCAAAUUUUUGGAUUCUCUCAUGAGCAAACUUCGUGGAAAUCAUGUCCCAUCCUUCUUCAUCCGUAAACUAGUUACCCAAGUGUUUUCCUUCAUCAAUAUUACACUCUUCAACAGUCUUCUCUUGCGUCGGGAAUGUUGCACUUUCUCAAAUGGUGAAUAUGUGAAGUCUGGUCUAGCAGAACUGGAGAAAUGGAUUGUUAAUGCAAAGGAAGAGUAUGCAGGGACAUCCUGGCAUGAGCUCAAUUACAUACGACAAGCUGUUGGGUUCUUGGUAAUACAUCAGAAAAGAAAGAAAUCUUUGGAAGAGAUUCGGCAAGAUCUUUGUCCGGCAUUGACAGUGAGGCAAAUCUAUCGAAUCAGUACAAUGUACUGGGAUGACAAGUAUGGAACCCAAAGUGUGUCCAAUGAGGUGGUUAGUGUAAUGAGAGAAAUUGUCAGCAAGGACAAUCAGAACCUGACCUCAAAUUCCUUCUUAUUGGAUGACGAUCUGAGCAUUCCUUUCUCUGCUGAAGACAUAGAUAUGGCUAUCCCUGCCAUAGAUCUUGAUGAGAUUCAUCUUCCAGAAUUUGUGUCCGAAUAUUCCUGUGCUCAGUUUCUUAUUUCACAUCAGAAGUAAGUGGUCUACGAUUUCAUGAUCGCAACAACUGACUGUGGUUGACAGUUUGGUUCAAUAUUUCGUCUCUGGAUUUUGAUGAGAAUGCUAAUACGGUAUCUACAUUGGAAACACAAGUUUCUCUCACGUUCCAGUGUGCGCUUGCUGUAUAUGAUGCCACAGAUAGAUGAGUGAUUAUCUUGGUUGAUUGUAAUCUCCCCCUCUAAAUUACAUAUUCAACCAACGUUUUGUAAUUACCCGUAGUAUAUAGAUGACACUGCAAGCCUCUAUUAUUUUGGCUCCCACCCACUUAGUUAUAUUUAUUAUUGAUUUGAUGUUCUAUUUUAUGUAGGUAUGCAAUUGUAACUAGGCUAUGACCAAAAUUAAAUUUCAUUCAUUCAUGUAAAUAUUAACACCAUUUAAUGUUGCCCAUUCGAGUUCUAAA